AUGACGGUCACACCUAGUUUUGGCAAAGGCCUCGGCAAAUGCACUUCGAAACGACACAAGAAGUUCCGUAACGAGCCGAUUCAAGGAAUCACGAAGCCAGCCAUUCGCCGGCUCGCUCGACGCGCCGGCGUUAAGCGAAUCUCCGGCCUGAUCUAUGCUGAGACUCGCGACGUGCUGCGAACUUUUCUGUCGUGCGUGAUUCGCGACGCGGUCACUUAUUGCGAACACGCAAGGCGAAGUACCGUAACCGCCAUGGAUGUCGUGUAUGCGUUGAAACGUCAAGGACGAACUUUAUAUGGUUUUGGUGGAUGA